AUGACUUCGCGUGCGGUCUAUCAUUACCUUGAUAUUGCCCCUCUGGGCCGUGGUGAAGUUGUCAACCUUUUCCUGAAAGACACCGGCAUCGAAUUCAAAGAGGUUCUUUAUCCGUAUGAUCAUACUUGGCCCCAAAAUAGCCAAAUUCUCCAGCACCAGGGGACAACCAGGACGGGCCAACUGCCCGCACUCGAGUACCAAGGCAUAAUCUUAACCCAGCACAUCCCGAUCCUGCGUUACCUCGCUCGAGACCUUGGUCGAUAUGACGGGGAAACCAACGCCGAGAAAUACGCUGUUGACGCGGUAGCCGAUAUCUACAUCGACUGGAGAUCUCGUUGGGUCGCCAACUUGAAAACGAAGGAGGAUGCUUACAAGGAUGAUUUUGUCCCCAAGUACUACAACCUUCUGAGCCAGUACUACAGCGACCAUGACGGCCCGUAUCUCCUGGGUGACAAGGUCACCUAUGCCGACUUUGCGGUCUAUCAAUCUAUCGACAACGAUCAGAGAACAGGCACCCUUCCGUCCAUCCUCCCGGAGCCGCUCGUCAAGUUCAAGGAGACCUUCGAACAGCGACCUAAUAUCGCCAGUUACCUCAAAAGCCGAAAGCCAGUGCCUUGA